GAACAGGCUGUAAUCCGCUGCCGCCUCCUCACCGGGGACCGUAAAGGCUAAUGUGAUCCUGACACAUUGUCUUGACACGCAUAAUGGAGUCUUUUCAGGGCCCCCCGGGGGAGACCUGGGAGCCUGAUCUUAAAGAAGAAGGAGCGUGACAUUAGUUUUAAAGCUUCCCUCGUGUAGCAGGAGACGCUGCGGUAAAGAAACAACAAAAACACAACGUGAUCUGUCUUCUUCUCUUCCUCUUGUGUGUGUGUGUGUUUUUUUUUGUUGUUUUUUCCAGAAUGGUGAGGCCAGUCUGCCCGGUCCUUCUGCUCUUUGCCUUCAGCAUCUUUGCUCUCACUGAAGUUAAUACUCAGGACGUCCUGUAUCCAUUCGGACCAGUCCACAUGGAUCUGGAGACCCCCAAGAUGGAUGAUGGGAGUUCACCCGAAAUUCCUUUGCUCAUCCCUUUCAUUUUCUUCAGCAUCCCCUACCGCACCAUCUACGUCAACAACAACGGAGUGAUAUCCUUCAACGAACAGGUCAGCCAGUUCACGCCUGAAGCGUUCCCCCUGAGCGACAGCAGAUCGUUCAUCGCCCCCUUGUGGGCGGACGUGCACAACGGGAUCCGCGGCGACGUCUACUACAGAGAGUCAACCCGAGCGGAAAUACUGGGAAGGGCGACGCAAGACAUCCGCAGGCAUUUUAAAAACGUGGACAACUUCGUGGCUACCUGGGCGUUCGUCGCCACGUGGCACCGAGUGACCUUCUACGGGGGGAGCCAGACCACACCGGUGAACACAUUCCAAACUGUGCUAAUCUCAGAUGGUGCCAUGUCCUUCGCCAUGUUCAACUACCUGGAAAUCACCUGGAGCACAGGCACAGCCAGCGGUGGAGACCCUCUAACCGGACUGGGUGGGACCACAGCCCAGUCAGGUUUUAACGGCGGAGAAAUCGGACAUUUCUUCAACCUCCCGGGAUCGCGGUCCAACGAAGUGGUGACCAUCGAACAGACGACCAAUGUGAACAUUCCCGGACGCUGGUCUUUUCGUGUUGAUUCGGAGUUGGUCGAUCCUGCCAAUGGCUGCAGCUAUAAUGGUCGUUUUUACAGACGAGGCGAGGUCUUCUGGCUGUCUGACCGGUGUUCGCAACGGUGCCGCUGUCUCGACAUCGACAAUGAGGUUUUUUGCCAGGAAUCUCCAUGUGGUCAGCUGGAGACCUGCGAGCAUCAGGACGGAGCCUUCUACUGCCAGCCAACUCGCACCAGUACCUGCGUGGUGUUCGGGGACCCACAUUAUCACACCUUUGACGGCCUGCUCUACCACUUCCAAGGCACCUGCACCUACCUGCUGGCUCGGCCUUGCUUGGAAGUAGUGGGGCUCCCUUUCUUCAGUGUCGAGGCCAAAAACGAAGACCGGGGCGUGGCUGAUGUCUCCUGGCUUAGGGAUGUAACUGUGGAGGUGUACGGUCACAGGAUCACGUUGCCCAAAGGAAGUCUGGGAACUGUUCAGGUGGAUAGUUUGGUGAAGACUUUACCGGUACAAAUUCAGCUUGGUGCCAUCAGAGUCUACCAGUCUGGGAUGGCUGUCGCACUGGAGACAGACUUUGGACUACUUGUAACCUACGACGGCCAGCACUACGCCUCUAUCUCCCUACCUAGCUCCUACUUCAACAACACCUGUGGCCUCUGCGGCAACUACAACGACGACCCCUCAGAUGAUCCCGUUCUUCCCGACGGCACCCUGGCAGAAAGCGUGGCGGAGCUCGGUGGCGGCUGGCGGGCAGAGGACGCCGACUGGCGGUGUACAGAUGGUUGUGUUGACAACUGCACUGUGUGCGACCCACUAACAGAAGCGUUCUAUUUUACCUCCGACUACUGUGGACUGAUCAACAAAACAGAUGGACCUUUUAGGGAUUGCAGAACCGUGGUGGACCCCACUGCCUUUGUGUUUAGCUGUGUCUACGACAUGUGCAGCAACAAGGACAACAUCACAACACUCUGCCAAGCCGUCCAGGCUUACGCACUAGCCUGUCAGGCCGUGGGUGUUGCCAUCCGACCCUGGCGGUCUCGCACAUUCUGCACUUUGGAAUGUCCACCAUUCAGCCACUACCAAGUGUGCACCAGCGCCUGUCCAGCCUCCUGCUCGGACAUCACUGCCCCCCUGUACUGCGCUCACCCUUGCACUGAGGGCUGCCAGUGCGACCCAGGCUUUGUCCUUAGCGGCAGCCAUUGUGUGCAGCGCGAUGAUUGCGGAUGCGAGUACAACGGCCUUUAUUACCCUCUAAAUGACACUUUUUGGUCUGGGGGCGAAUGCAGCCUCCAUUGCGCCUGCGGCAUGGCAGGCGAAGUCUCUUGCUUCAAUGACUCUUGCAAAGAGGGCGAGGUGUGUGGGGCAGAGGUUGGCACAUUGGGUUGCUACCCUCGCAGGGAGGGUGUGUGUUCAAUGGCUCAGAACGCUGUGACAUCAUCCUUUGAUGGCGCCUUCCUGCUGUUCCCAGAUGACAGCUCCUACUACCUGCUGAGGCUAUGUGGCGCUGCGCCAGCCAACGGCUCAAUGGUGGAGGUGAAGAUAGGUAGACGGCUGGUCAACAAGGGCCCUUCUUGGAAAAGACCUGUGGUAGUUACGGUUGCUAGCCUGGAAGUUCAGAUGGGAGGGAUGGAUUUGGAAGCGGUCAAGGUCAACGGUGAACUGAUCGCCCUUCCUUACGUGCAUCCUUUGGAGACUGUAACCAUCUACAGAGCGCCAGGUAACACCACUGUGGUGGAGUCCCGUGGUCACCUCCGCGUCCUCUAUACGCAGCAGGGAUUCAUCAACAUCUCCCUCUCCACCAUAUUUUACAACACUACUUGCGGCCUGUGCGGCGUCUUCAACAGCGAUGCCGAUGACGACUUCCGCCUCCCAAACGGACGCUUGGCAGAGUCAGCCGAGCAGUUCGUGGAGGGCUGGCGCUCCUCAAUCGCCGACGACAUCCCCUGUAACGGCGAUUGCGACGAGCUGUAUCGAACUUGCACGGACCUGCGUCUUUACCAGAGCUCAUGGAUGUGUGGCAACAUCAACGACCCGGGGAAUAGCUCCUUUCUGGCGUGCCACACAGCCGUCAACCCGUCGCCGUUUUUCCGGAACUGCUUGUACAACAUGUGCGUGAAGGACGGGAACCGCACCACCCUGUGCUCCUCGCUGCACACAUAUGCCACUGCCUGCCAAGAUGCUCAGGUCAUUGUCGCUUCCUGGAGGACGGCCACCAACUGCCCACUCCCGUGUCCGGAGAACAGCCACUUUGACGAGUGCACCAGCGCCUGCCCGCUGACCUGCUCCGGCUUGGAUGAACCCGAAGAGCCGUGUCCGCUGCCGUGCCGCGAGGGCUGCCGCUGCGAGGAUGGCUUCGCCCUACGGGACGGCCUCUGCGUGGCCCGCGGCGAGUGCGGCUGCGCCGGCCACGGCCGCCAGCUGGCCACCAACCAGACUUUCUGGAGCGACUGGGAAUGCCAGGAGCGCUGCUACUGCAACGGCUCUGACAACAGCGUCUACUGUCUGCUGGCGCCGUGCCGCCCUGAGGAGUACUGCCAGGAGGAGGAUGGUCUGUACUACUGUCAGCCCCGCGCCGAGGCCCUGUGCGUGGCAGCUGGGUAUGGACACUUCCUGCCUUUUGGCGGCGUUCCGUUCGAGUUGCAGAGCUCUUGCCGCCUCGUUAUGGCCACCAGCAACUGCGGGCAGGGGAGCAGAGACCACACCGCCGUGCCUGGAGACCUGCCUCAUUUUAAACUGGCAGCGCUUAAUGAGGAAAGGGACACCAGACAGGCUGUUUGGGCGAGGGGCUUCGUCCUGGAGGUCUACGACUAUGAAGUCGAGGUGACUCGGAGCUACAAGAACACCGCCAUGGUGAAUAAGGAGCGCGUGUCCGUUCCUCUGAAGCUGGGUCCGGGCAAGGUCAGCAUCUUCACCUCAGGACUGCUCCUCAUCCUGGAAACCGACUUUGGCCUGAAGGUGGCCUUCGACUGGAACACUCUCCUGCUGGUGACUCUACCACGUCACCUCUACGGCGCGUCCUGCGGCCUCUGCCAGGGCCCGCCCUUGGACCCGCCCACACCCGGCACCACCGACUGGGGGGCGGCCUGGGCCGAGAAGGACGCUUUAUGCCGGGUGGGCUGCGGCGAGUCCUGCCCGCGCUGCGGCUUGGGGGAUAAAGAAGACGGGGCCGUGGUCGACGUGGGCAGCGACGACGACGAUGACGGCGACGACGACGACGACGUCAAGGCUCGAAUCCGCUUCCGCCUGGGAGAUGGACUCUACGUGUUUUUGGACCCCGAGGUCCUCACGCUGUGCGCCAUGAUGGUGGAUCGGGAGGGUGUGUUUGCCCACUGCCACAGCAAGGUGGCGCCGGCAUUUUUUUACCAAAACUGCCUGCAGGACACUUGCUUGGAUCAGGGAGCAGAGGAGACGAUCUGUAGCUGGCUGCAGGUCUACGCCAGCACCUGCAACAGCCACGGCGUGCCUGUGACCGGAUGGAGGAGCCACACCCCCUGUGUCCAGACGUGUCCUCCCAACAGUCACUACUCUGCGUGCAUGCCGCCUUGCCCGCCCCAGUGCGCCCCCGCCCGCGGCCAGAGGGACUGCGGCGGCGGACUGCCGGACUGCGUGGAGGGCUGCCAUUGCGACCAGGGCUACGUGGUCAACGGCAAGUCCUGCAUUCUGCCCCAGGACUGCGGCUGCUACACAGACGGCAAGUACUACGAGCCCAAGCAGCUGUUCUGGAACGCCGACUGCUCCAAGCGCUGCAGGUGCAUCGGUCGCAACUUGAUUCAGUGCGACCCGAGGCGCUGCAAGGCGGACGAGGAGUGCGCCCUCCGCCACGGCGUCCGCGGCUGCUUCGCCCGGCGCUCCAGCCAGUGCGUGGUGUCGGGCGGCGGCGUAUUCAAGACUUUCGACGGGGCCUCGCUGCGUCUGGCGGCCUCGUGCUCCUUCGUCCUGUCCACAAACUGCCACAAGCUGCCCGACCUCUCCUUCCAGCUCAUCGCCAACUUCGACAAGGGCGGCGCGCCCAACCUCACCACCAUCUCGCACAUUUACCUCUACAUCAACGAGGAGAACAUACUCAUCUCGGGGAACACCAUCAAGGUCAACGGCACGCCGGUAUCCGUGCCGUUCGUCACCGGUCUGAUGACCCGCCUGUCCACGUCCGAGGGCUUCGUGGACAUCGACUCGCCGCAGGACAUCCAGGUGCGCUACAACCGCUUCAACGCGCUCAGCAUCACCAUGGGCCAGCGGAUGCAGGACAAGCUGUGCGGCCUGUGCGGCAACUUCAACGGCGACCCGGGCGACGACUACAUCACCUCCACGGGCAAGGCGGCCGCCAGCGCUCUGGAGCUGGCCCAGAGCUGGAAGACCAAUGGCAUGCAGAACAGGUGCGACGUGACCCAGUACGUGUCCCUGGCCCAGUCCUGUGCCAACACGGCGGUGCAGGCGCUGCAAGGUGAUGACGCCUGCCUGAAGCUGACCGAGCCGAAGGGCUUCUUCCAGCCGUGCCACGGCCUGCUGGACCCCAGGCCUUACUACCAGUCCUGCUACCUGGACGGCUGCUACAACCAACGCAAGGCCCAGGUGUGCGGCUCGCUGGCUGCCUACGCCGAGGCCUGCCGCUCCAUGGGCACCCUCACCACACGGUGGAUCACCCAGGAGAACUGCUCAGAAUGGAUCUACGACCCCUGUGCCACCGAGACCUGCACAAACUUCACCUGCGAGCAGGAGAACGGAGGCGACCUGUGCGGAUGUCCCGAGUUACCCAGCAGCCCCGGAGGCGGCGAUGACGUCAUAGAGGCGGAGGUGACCUGCAGGCACGCCCGGAUGGAGGUGUCCAUCUCCAAAUGCAAGCUCUUCCAGCUGGGCUUUGAGCGCGGCGACGUCAGGAUCAACGACGAGCACUGCGCCGCCAUGGAGGGCGAGGACUACAUCUCCUUCCACAUCAACAACACCAAAGGACACUGCGGCUCCAUCGUGCAGUCAAACAACACGCACAUCGUGUACAAAAACACGGUGUGGAUCGAGAGCGUCAACAACACGGGGAACGUCAUCACGCGAGACAAGACCAUCAACGUGGCGUUUUCCUGCGCCUACGAACUGGACCUCAGGAUCUCGCUGGAGACGGUCCUUAAACCCAUUCUCAGCGUGAUCAACCUCGCCCUCCCAACCCAGGGCGGGAACUUCAUCACCAAGAUGGCGCUCUACAAGAACUCCACGUACCGCCAUCCCUACAGGGAGGGGGAGGCGGUGCUGAGCACGCGCGACAUCCUCUACGUGGGCGUCUUUGUGGACGGCGCCGACGAAAACCAGCUCCACCUGGUGGUGAACACCUGCUGGGCCACGCCCUCGCGCAACAGCAGCGACCGACCCCGCUACGUCAUCAUCGAGCGAGGGUGCCCCAACGUGAAGGACAACACCAUCGGCAUGGCGGAGAACGGCGUGUCGCUCACCUGCCGCUUCCACGUCACCGUCUUCAAGUUCAUCGGCGACUACGACGAGGUGCACCUCCACUGCGAUGUUUCGCUCUGCGACGCCGACAGGAGCGCCUGCAAAGUGAACUGUCCGCCGAGGAGGAGGAUGUCCUCGAUGCUGCUGAAAGAACACAUCCUGAGUGUCGGGCCUAUAAGGAGACGAGAAUCGGACUGGUGCCAGGAGGACAAUGGCGGCUGUGAGCAGAUGUGCACCAGCACGACCACCGGUCCAGUGUGCAGCUGUGUGACUGGGACGCUGCAAGCAGACAGGCGGAGCUGUCGAACCGCCAGCUGCAGCUGCAGACUGGCGCCUGCGCUCCUCCUGCUGAGCGCCGCCGUAGUUUCUGCUCUUCGCUGAUGCACGAUUGCAAAGCAGCGCAAAGACUUGAAGACGCAAAAAUAACUGUUUGUUUCACGCAAGUAAGUCGCAAUAUUUUCGCUGUGACGAAACGGGGCCCGAUUGACCCCGAAAAUAACAUUUUUUUUUUAGUUGUCUUGUCUCCUGAUGGUGUGUUUUAUUUUAUUGCCACUAGAGGGCAGCAUACAAAACACAUCAAGGGCCCAGUUUCCUAUCCGAGGACACUUCAUUAGGUACUGCUGCACAAUCUACUCUCAAUACAAAAUAAUUAUGAUUGUGCUUUAUUCAUGGCGUUGAUUACCUAAUGUUUUGGCUACUACUUUAGUGACAAAACCAUAUCCUCCCUCUAUAAGUAAAACAGCAAAAACAUGUUUUAAAGGCCUACUGAAAUGAGAUUUUCUUAUUUAAACGGGGAUAGCAGGUCCAUUCUAUGUGUCAUACUUGAUCAUUUCGCGAUAUUGCCAUAUUUUUGCUGAAAGGAUUUAGUAGAGAACAUCGAUGAUAAAGUUUGCAACUUUUGGUGCUGAUAAAAAAGCCUCGCCUUUACCGGAAGUCGCAGACGAUGACGUCACAAGGGUCAGGGCUCCUCACGUCCUCACAUUGUUUUUAAUGGGAGCCUCCAGCAGCAAGAGCUAUUCGGACCGAGAAAACGACAAUUUUUCCAUUAAUUUGAGCGAGGAUGAAAGAUUUGUGGAUGAUGAUAUUGAUAGCGAAGGACUAGAAAGAAAAAAAAGGCGAUUGCAUUGGGACGGAUUCAGAUGUUUUUAGACACAUUUACUAGGAUAAUUCUGGGAAAUCCCUUAUCUUUCUAUUGUGUUGCUAGUGUUUUAGUGAGAUUAAAUAGUACCUGAUAGUCAGAGGGGUGUGUCCACGGGUGUCUUGAGGCCAGUGUCUGAGGGAAGUCACGGCAGAUACAAGGACGGCGCAAACUCCACAGAUCUCCGGUAAGAGGCGACUUUUUAACACAAUUUUCUCACCGAAACCUGCCGGUUGACAAGUGGCCGGGAACCAUGUUCGCUUGACCGCUCUGAUCCAUAGUAAAGCUUCACCUCUGGGAAUUUUAAAGGGGAACAUUAUCACAAUUUCAAAAGGGUUAAAAACAAUAAAAAUCAGUUCCCAGUGGCUUGUUGUAUUUUUUGAAGUUUUUUUCUAAAUUAUACCGGUCCCCGAAUAUCCCUAAAAAAAGCUUCAAAGUGCUUGAUUUUCGCUACUUGCGAUGCGACUAUCCAUUUCCCUGUGACGUCAUACAGUGCUGCCAAUGUAAACAAACAACGGCGAAUACCACAUCAAAAUACAGCGACAUUAGCUCGGAUUCAGACUCGGAUUUCAGCGGUUUAAGCGAUUCAACAGAUUACGCAUGUAUUGAAACGGAUGGUUUGAGUAUGAAAGUAUUGAAGAAGAAAUCGAAGCUAUUGAGCGAAUAGCUAUUGACGCUAUUCAUAGCCAUAGCAUGGCCGAAUAGCUGCGUUAGCAUCGCCGGUAAAAUGUGCGGACCAAACGAUCAGGACUUUCGCAUCUUGUGACACUGGAGCAACUUAAAUCCGUCGAUUGGUAAGUGUUUUUUUCGCAUUAAAUGUGGGUGGAAGGAAACGUAAUAUAGUUGCAAAUGCAUCUGCAGGUUAUCCAUACAUCUCUGUGCCAUGUCUGCUUUAGCACCGCCGGUAAAUAGCAUGUUAGCAUCGAUUAGCAUAGCAUGUUAGCAUCGAUUAGCUGGCAGUCAACAUCAACAAAACUCACCUUUGUGAUUUUGUUGACUUUAUCGUUGCAAAUGCAUCUGCAGGUUAUCCAUACAUCUCUAUGCCAUGUCUGCCUCAGCACCGCCGGUAAAUAGCAUGUUAGCGUUGAUUAGCGUAGCAUGUAAGUAUCGAUUAGCUGGCAGUCACGCCGCAACCAAAUAUGUGUGAUUAGCAAAUGCAUCUGCAGGUUAUCCAUACAUCUCUAUGCCAUGUCUGCUUUAGCACCGCCGGUAAAUAGCAUGUUAGCGUUGAUUAGCGUAGCAUGUAAGCAUCGAUUAGCUGGCAGUCACGCCGCAACCAAAUAUGUCUGAUUAGCAAAUGCAUCUGCAGGUUAUCCAUACAUCUCUGUGCCAUGUCUGUUAUCGCCGGUAAAAUGUGGAGACACUUUGGCACAUUCAAUGAGGGUCUGGCGGCAGAAACUUUCGCAUUUUCGGGCCAGUGGUGCAACUUGAAUCCCUCCCUGUUAGUGUUGUUACACCCUCCGACAACACACCGACGAGGCAUGAUGUCUCCAAAGUUCCAAAAAAUAGUUGAAAAAACGGAAAAUAACAGAGCUGAGACCCGGUGUUUGUAAUGUGUUGAAAAUGAAAAUGGCGGCUGUAUUACCUCGGAGACGUCACGUUCUGACGUCAUCGCAAAAAGAGCGAUAAACAGAAAGGCGUUUAAUUCGCCAAAUUUCACCCAUUUAGAGUUCGGAAAUCGGUUAAAAAAAUAUAUGUUCUUUUUUCUGCACCAUCAAGGUAUAUAUUGACGCUUACAUAGGUCUGGUGAUAAUGUUCCCUCUUUAAACAAGGAAUCACCGUGUUUGUGUGGCUAAAUCCUAAAGCUUCCCAACUCCAUCUUUUUACUUUGACAUCUCCAUUAUUAAUUGAACAAAUUGCAAAAGAUUCAGCAACACAGAUGUCCAGAAUACUGUUUAAUUGCGCCAUGAAAAGAGACGACUUUUAGCCGUAAGUGGUGCUGAGCUAAUAUUUCCUGACAGUCCGUGACGUCACGCGCACGUGUCAUCAUUCCGCGACCUUUUCAACAAGAAACUCCGCGGAAAUUUAAAAUUGCAAUUUAGUAAACUAAACCGGCCAUGUUGGCAUGUGUUGCAAUGUUAAUAUUUCAUCAUUGAUAUAUAAACUAUCAGACUGCGUGGUGGGUAGUAGUGGCUUUCAGUAGGCCUUUAAAUGCAUGUUAUUGUUAUGUGAGGGUCCUGUAAUACCGCAUUGUACCUCAAGGGGCAGCAGUGACAAACGCCGGGCUAGUGUUUUAUUUUGAAAAGUAACAUACUUCCUAUUCAAGGACUAUCAUUCUACAGUUCUCACAAUGUUUAUUUUUAAAUGAAAAUGUUUUUUUUUCCAUGUACAAAUGUAAAGUCCUUUGAUGUGUCAUGUGACGUCGAAGAGUAACACCAAGGGCCAAAUUGAAAAGGUACAAAAAAAUACAUGAGAAUAAAGUCGUGGACUUAAUGCUGAAAUAUUCCAGAAUUUUGAAAAAAUAACAGAAUAAAGUGAUAUUUUACAGGUAUUGGUUUUAUAAGGAAAACAGCUACUGUAAGAAGUGAGAAGAAAGUGAUUUUAUAUUACAUGGGGGAGAUUUUCACAAAUUCGAAAUAACAUAUAAAUACUUAAGAAUAAUACAUUGUAAUAAUGAGGAAUUUUUAUUUUUAUUUUGCGAGAAUAAGGUCCUAAUAUUUCAGUAAAAGUUGCUGUCUCGCGGCAAUAAAUUUGUAUAUUGUGGAGAAAACCUUGUUCUCGCAAUAUUACGAUUUUAUUUUUGUCAAAUUGUGACUUUGUUUGUAAUUAUUCAAAGAAAAGGCCACAAGAAUUAAGCUGUGAUAAUAAGUUGAGAUAUUACGAGAAUGAAAUUGUACUGUGUUAUCACGACUUAUUCUUGUUAAAAACCCACUUUUGCCUUUUUAAAAAAACAAGUGACUUAAUUUGACUAAAGUUGUCAUUUUAAGAGAAAAAUGUUGCAGGAUUGUACGAGAAAAUUGUGGUGAAAUUCCAAAUAAGGGUGGUAAUUUGUGUUUGUUCAAUAUAAAAGUAAUCUAUAAAGAAUACAAUUGUAGUUUAGUGCGAGUGAAGCAAUAUUACAAAAAACAGGGAAGUCAGAAUUGAGAAAAAGUAUUGAGGUUCGGAGAAAAAAUGUUUCAUUCUACAAGAAUAAAGUUGUAAUUUGACAGGGGAAAAAAAUCUGAACAAAUGUGUAUUUUUAUCGGAGGUAAAAUAACAAAAUAAGUCAUAACCCUACGAAUUUUACGAAAAAGAAAGUUGUAACACUCCAGUAAAAAGCCGAGGAAAAAUUAUAAAUUUGUUGGGGUAAUCUGGCAUUUUUUUGGGUAGGGUAAAAAAUUGCUUCGAUUCUCGUAACAUUCCGACUUUAUUGUCAAACAACUUUUUUUGCAUAUUUGUCUGUGUGGUCCCUAAUGUUACGAUCAUCGGUGUGUUUUUUCGGACUUUUUAAUAAAUGUAAAAGUUCUCAUCAUCCGUGCCGAAGAGUUUUUUUUGGGCCGCGCUCUUCCGCACGGAACCGUGGUGGGGCGCUGCCCCCAACUGUUCUCUGUCCUCAGGCGUGUGUCCCAAGUCUUUUGUUUCCAGCUCAUGUGCCAAUUUUCUUUUAUUUUUAUGACAUAUGCCUGCAAUGAACGUCAGAACAUGACUCGGGAUGUAACGAUAUAAAAAUGUCCUAUGACGGUUAUCGUGACCAAAAUUAUCACGGUAUCGUUGAAUUUGUUCAAAAAGUACUCAUACACACUAAAAUCGUAGUUUUAUUCGAGAAUUAAUAGUUAAACAAUUUCUUGGCAGAGAAAACAUUAAAUCAAUCAUCAAUCAAUCAAUGUUUUUUAUAUAGCCCUAAAUCACAAGUGUCUCAAAGGGCUGCACAAGCCACAACGACAUCCUCGGUUCAGAUCCCACAUCAGGGCAAGGAAAAACUCAACCCAGUGGGAUGACAAUGAGAAACCUUGGAGAGGGGAGACCGGUGCAAUGGACGUUGAGUGGGUCUAGUACAGUGGUUCUUAACCUUGUUGGAGGUACCGAACCCCACCAGGAGAAGUUUUAAUUUACUGUUAGAAUAACCAUUUUCUAUCUGUGCAAGGACAAAACUUCUUGUCUGAGGGGUGGCCUCCGCUGCAGAUGUUGUAUUUGUUUUAGGACUUGAAGGACCUCAACUAAAAUAAGACGACAGCACGCAGAUGAAGCCGAAACAAGGAAAUCCCACGGCCCCCAGCACGUUCCGUCACACAUUGUGCGUACUGGACCUGCUUUGCAUAAUAUAUGUGACCACUCCUUUUAGAGGCGGCCUCAGUGAUGUGGACAAUGGAACUCCUGAAUAAAUAGAGGGACGCGGGAGCUGAACCUUAGAGCGUAGGGCGAGACUGUGACUAAGUGUGCAGCUCCAUGCAUUCUCCUCAUGAGCUAAAUUGAACUUUGUCUCUGCAUGGUUCCUUGCUUCUUUGCCUGAUUAAUAGAUGUCAUCAGUGUUUGAACCUGACAUUUACACAAUGAGUCGGGUGUGUCUUG